UUAAGGAAAGCGAAGAAGAGUCGAAAAUAAACACUUGUGAAAACUCUAAUUUUAUUCAAAACUAACAAUUAUGGCUUUGGUAGCUUAUGAUAAUAGUGAUUCUAGUGAAUUUGAGGAUGAAGAUAACGAAGGAGCAACAGCUUCUGUAGUCAUUUUAAACAAGAAAGAGGAAGUUGCAGAACUAUUAAUAUCAAAACCAGAACCAGUGGAUAAUGUGGAACUGAACAGUCAGAGUUUAUUCAACCUGCUGCCCCAACCCUCGAACAAAAAGCCUGCAGUGUUAGAGGAAGAUGACGAAUUCUUACACAAAAAAGAAACGGACAUCCCUAUCGUGAAGCCUAAAGCUAAAAUUACAGUACCCUCACUCAGUGAUUUCAGAGAUGUAGAAGACACAGCGCCUGCGGUAAAGCCCAAGAAAGUAAAUGGGAAAAAGUCAGGCCUUCUAAGCAUACUACCACAGCCUAGAAAUGCAGUGUUAUCAACAACAAAAUCCUUAAUACCUCACAUCCUCACACAAAAACCUAAACCAAAUCCAACUGUAAAGAAAAAAGUGCCUUUACCACCAAUCAAAAAGGAUAAACCCACUCUAGCCAUAGACUAUUCAGAUGAUAGUGACGAUGAAGUACAAAAUGAUUUCUUCUCUAUUAACAAACCGGUUGAGCUGCCAGAAGAUAUGCCGUUAGAUAUAGAUGAAAAAGUAAUAUCAAAAAAAGAAGAAGGUAUUCCUGCUCCUAAGCAACCGAGGGAUAUUCAAUCGUAUUUCAAGCAAGAUACAGCAGAGACUGUGCAGCCAGAAUAUUCCGAAUCUAGCAGUUAUGAUUAUCAACAUGAGGCUAGCUCUGGGUAUGAGAAUGGAUAUGCGGCGCAAGGAUCCAGUAAUGAUGCUUUGGAUGAAGAGGCUAUCAUGAAACUAUGCGGCGCUCGCGGCAAGCGGAAACGCGAGGACAUCCAAAUAGUGGAUGUGAACCAGAGCGAGGUCCUAGCGGACGCACGGGAGUGGCUCGCCAAGGGGCUGACGGACGACACUAGCAAGCGCGUCUCAAGCAGCAAGAGGAAGGGCAACGAGCCCACCAGCCAGCAGAAGAGGAAGCACCAGAUCACAUAUCUCGCUCACCAGGCUAAAGCAAACGAGGUGGAGCUACAGAACCAAUGGGCGAACAACAGGCAGUCCAAGCGGCAGACUCAGUCCAAAUACGGGUUCUAGUAUGCGUCAUCAAGUUUUGAACAACAUACAUGUGUCCCUAGACUAUAUGGGCUUCAUAACAGUUCCAGUACCUAUGUACAUAAAAUAUUAGUAGUACAUUUUUCAAUCGGAUACAUUUUUCAAAUCUAUCGACGCAGAAUCGUCUGUCGGCGACCAAAAAUCGCUCGUUAGUACAAACAUGCUGAUGCGUUCAGCGCCGACGACGCGUAAGUGCCUCCAUAAGCCGAAUCGGCGUCAAUAGGUUUGGGGAAACCCUAAUAAAAUAUAAAUAG